AUAAUGGCCGCCUGCGUCACAUCACUGCGCAAUCAAGCACGGAAAUAACAGCUGUUCAGUGUUCUACAAUAUUCGUUCGGGCAACUCAGUAACAGCAAGCAGCAGCUGUAUUCGGAUAAAGACGCAGCCGUUUUCCUUGAAAAUUGCGAUUGUUUGGUUAUAGAAUAGUCGCUUUGUCAUUGUUUUUUGUUAAACGGUAAAGAUUAAUUCUUUAAGUUUGCAAGUAAUUAUAACGGUGCUAGUGUGAUUCAUUACAUGCGGGAGAUAUUGAUGAUGUUUACCAAAAUUUGCCCGUUGUUAUUGUGACUCGAAUGGUAGAAAUGCCUCGUGAAUACGUGGACGCUGAGGUGAGAAGUGUGUUAUGUCAAUAGAAUCUCAACGCUUAGAUAGCAAUAUUAGUGUUAAAAUUGUUAUAACUAGGACGAAAAGUUAAUAAAAUGUCUAGUACGGUGCCGACCAGUUCUGCUCUCAGGGCUUUGGCCUUAGAAUAUAAAAGCUUACAAGAGGAGCCAGUCGAGGGUUUUAGGGUGAAAUUGUUGGGAGAGGACAAUUUGUUUGAGUGGGAAGUGGCAAUAUUUGGACCACCAGAUACUUUAUAUCAAGGAGGCUAUUUCAAGGCAUAUAUGAAGUUCCCACCAGAUUAUCCAUAUUCACCACCAACAGUACGGUUUUUAACAAAAGUUUGGCAUCCAAAUGUGUAUGAGAAUGGCGACCUCUGUAUAUCAAUUCUUCAUCCACCAGUCGACGACCCACAAUCUGGCGAGUUGCCCUGCGAGCGUUGGAACCCCACACAGUCUGUGCGAACAGUUCUCCUCUCGGUUAUAUCACUCCUCAACGAGCCAAAUACCUUUAGCCCAGCUAAUGUUGACGCUAGUGUGAUGUAUCGCCGUUGGCGUGACUCGAAAGGGAAAGAUAAGGAGUAUGAGAACAUUAUAAGAAAACAAGCGCAAGUCGCGCGCAUGGACGCGGAAAAGGAAGGAAUAGUAGUGCCACUUACGUUAGAAGAUUAUUGUAUUAAGACUCGAGUCAAGGCGACGACACAAGAGCCGCAGUUGGACAUGACAGACUUUUAUGAUGACGAUUAUGAUCUUGAUUCCGAUUCGGAAGAGGAAAUCGAAGGUGGUGAAGAUGGAGACGACAGUGGCAACGGAGAGUCGUGAGGCUUACGCUCUGACAGGACAGCUCUGACGUCUGACAGAUCAAUGUCAAUUACCAGAUUGACAGCUGUCCCAGCUUCUCGCGUCACAACGAAUGCGAUCUCCGGCGACGCGUACGGACGAUAUCAAUAAAUAAUAUAUUACAUGACAUGCAAUUAUUUUAAUAGCAUGUAUGUUUGUUUAUCUAGGUCAUACAGGUUUUUAGUUGUCAAACUAUUCUACUCUUUGACGUAUUGUCAUACUGACAAUUGACAGUACAGUAGACACGGUUUUGAAUAUGGACGUAAAUCUUAUGAUAUAGCUUUAUUGCUUUAAAAAAUAUGAAUUUCUUUGAUGAUUUCUAUAAAAACUUAUACUAACUAAACUUGAAUUAUACAAAAAAGUAUGCAAAUUUUGUUGUCAACCGAAGAUAACAAUCUAACUAUUACUAAAAUUUUCAUAAAACAGUCUUAUCUUAUUACACUGUUUUAACUUGAACUGGGGGCUAGUCAAGAUGCCUUAUCAGUAGUGUAUGAAAAUGACAGUCAGUGUCCACAAAUUUUCAUACACUAUUGUUAAGACAUCUUGACUAAGCCUACGGAUCUGUCAUUGCAUCAGAGCAUUUGACAGAAAGAUACUAUUAAUUACUUAAGUAUUUAAUAUGAUAUUCAGUAUAAAAUAUAAAAAUUAUUUUUCUAUCAAAUAUGUACAGUCCGUACCGUUCGCUUAAUGUAUAGAUAAUUUAAUACUAAGUAAAUGAUAUAUUAAAAAAGCCCCAGCCGGGCAAUUGCUAGACAAUUUUGUAAUUAUUUUUAAUGCUAAACAUUUUCUGUGAUUAAUUAUUAAUUGCCUAUUUUAGAUGCCUUUAGUUAUUUUAUUUUUCAAUUGCCAUCAUUUUUCAAUUUUACAUCACAUUUUUGUUGUUUGUGUUAAAAUGAAAUUAUUUUCUGUGUUUUAAAUGUGCUAUUGAAACUCAUUAUAGGUGGCAACACUGUUUUAGUAAAAUAUACAAUAUCUUUCGUUUUAUAAAAAUUGCUUUAAAGUGUGCAUUAUUAUUUUAUAUAACACUUGAAAACUUUAAUAUAUCAAUGACUUAUUAAAAGUGCAACGGUGUUGCCCUCUUAAGGGGUGAAAUCGUUUUAUCCUUAUUUGGGCUUACUAUUAAUAUGCUCAAAUCAGAACUGUAAAAUAAAUUAUAAAUAUAGUACAUUCUUAAGAUAUAUUCAAAGCAUAUAUUAUAGUGAUACGUAAAUAAACGAAAUUAUAUAAGUUAUGUAUAGUUUGCAUUAAGAAAACAGCUAUUGUCAUCAUUGUGAAUUUAUAGGGCGUACAAAAAAAAUAUUUUGCAAAAACCUUUACCUAAUCAAAUUUCAUAGUGUUUUCUAAUAAAUAAAAAAGUGAUGUGACUUGCUUAUGUUUUCUAUAGGAUUUAGUAAAGUAGCUGUGAAAAGUAGGAAUAAAAGUUAUUAAACAAACAGUUAAUUACAAUUUCACUGUUACAACUUAAAGUACAAGUUUCAUUAUCACUUUACAAACUGUAUUUUAUGGUUAUAAUGGGACAUUGAAUCUCUGGGGCCCGUAUUUUAAGAUGAAUAUUAAAAUUCUUAUGAAUUGUGACUUCUAUUCUUCUUAGAAAGUAACAGCUUCCAUGUGGAAUUAUGGACCCAUAAUGAUGUGUAACAAAAAUUAUUCUGAUAAUGUGUCCAACAAUGUUUUGUUUAGUUAAGGUUUAAAUAGUAGAAAUGUUCACAAUGAAAAUGUCAAUAACUUAAUAAUUAGGUUUAUUCAGUAAUAAAGAGCAUGUGUUUUGAA